CCCAGUGCCAGCCCAAUAGACUGAUGAGUUAUUGUCAUGUAAAAAAGCGCCAGCAAUAAGACCAAACGCUUUGCUAUUGUCCAAGCGGAAAGAGCCAAGUUUAUUAUGAGGACUAUAUGCUCUAGAGACCUUGGGCUAGGCGGCUCUUAGGGGGCUUUUCAUAAAACAGGGCUAGGUUCGUAUAAAGGAGGCCAGUUUUGGAGCAGGCGCCGAGCAGUCAACAUCUUCGUCCAGCCUCCUUCCCACCAGUUCAAACCCAACAAGUCAUCUCUCCCCCAAAGCGCGCGUAAACCUUCUCAUCUUGAUUUAUUUUUCUUUCUGACCCGAUUUUUUGGGGGGGGGUUUUCUUUCACAUUUUUUUUUUCCCGGGAAGUGCAGCUUUCUAACUCCACCGAGCCUUCUCAAAUGUAUAAAAUGGAGUAUUCUUACCUAAAUUCCUCCGCCUACGAGUCAUGUAUGGCCGGGAUGGACACUUCCAGCUUGGCGUCAGCCUAUGCGGACUUCAGCUCGUGCAGUCAGGCAAGCGGUUUUCAGUACAAUCCCAUCAGGACCACAUUCGGGGCCACCUCCGGCUGUCCGUCCCUCACGCCGGGCUCCUGCAGCCUGGGGACUCUGCGGGACCACCAGAGCAACCCGUACGCCGCAGUUCCCUACAAACUCUUCACUGAUCACGGCGGACUGAACGAGAAGAGGAAGCAGAGGCGCAUCCGGACCACGUUCACCAGCGCACAGCUGAAGGAGCUGGAGCGGGUUUUUGCCGAAACCCACUAUCCGGACAUCUACACCAGAGAAGAGCUGGCACUCAAAAUCGACCUGACUGAAGCCAGAGUGCAGGUAUGGUUCCAGAACCGACGCGCCAAGUUCCGCAAGCAGGAGCGGGCGGCUGCGGCGGCCGCAGCGGCUGCCAAGUCCAGUUCUGGGAAGAAGACAGACUCCAGAGAUGAAGACAGCAAAGACGCUAAAUCCACCGACCCGGACAGCACAGGAGGACCGGGUCCGAACCCCGUGGCCACCUCUAACUGCGGCGGGCCGAGCCCCACCGGAGUCCAAGUCAACACCACCGGCGCCGGACAGGUGGACCCAGUGAAGACCUCCGUGUCUACCGGCAUGGGGGUGACCGCACCGAGCCAAGGUUGGGCCACCGCCCCGGGGACCAUCACCUCUAUCCCGGACUCAUUGGGCGGGCCGUUCGCCAGCGUACUGUCGUCGUUGCAAAGACAGAACGGAGCCAAAGCCACGUUAGUAAAAACCAGCAUGUUCUAAUGCAGCGUCAAGAGGCGGAUCCUCCCUGGAGACUGAAAAGCAAUUGAGACUGAGAACAAUAGAAGCAGUUAAACAGAAGAUGACAACCCUGUUAUUUUAUUUCGAUGCCUUGCGCCGUUUCUUGUGCUGUGAAAAUGUCCACCUUGACAUGUCAAUGAAGUGUCUAAUAACCACUUUUCAUUUUCUUUAUAGAAGUGAACUUUGACCCCAAAUGAAAGCAGAAUGUCUGCUGUCGACUCUCCUGCUGAGACCAUUUGU